AUGGCUAAACGAUAUUCGAAAUUAGAAACAAAAGAUGAUAACGAUGGUGAUAACAGUGAACAAAGAUUAUUAACCGAAUCUUCUGCUUGUGUCGAUGAUGAAUCGGAAUUGCUAUGGUCGAAGCGACAACCGCAUAAGAUUUUUGACGUUGAGCGGAAUGUCGCUGAUUGGCAUAGUCGUUCGAUGGGCACUUCUGAUAAAAACUGUAACUGCACUCGCAUUAUGUCAGCUAGUAAGAUAAGAGUAACUCCUUAA